AUUUAAUUGACUCACAGUUCCACAUGGCUGGGGAGGCCUCACAAUCAUUGCUGAAGGCAAAUGAGCAGCAAAGUCACAUCUUACAUGGUGGCAGGUAAGAGAGCUUGUGCAGGGGAACUCCUGUUUAUAAAACCAUCACAUCUCAUGAGACUUAUUCACUACCAUGAGCAUAGUAUGGGGGAAGCUGCCCCCAUGAUUCAGUUAUCUUCACCUGGCCCCACCCUUGACACGUGAGGAUAAUUACAAUUCAAGGUGAGAUUUGGGUGGGGACACAGCCAAACUAUAUCAUAAGCAAAUCAAAUUUUAUCUACUUGUUGAAAAUCUACUGUAUCUAAGACAAUAUGCUUGUUUCUGCAGGUAAUACAGAGGAGUAAUACAUGGUUGUAUUCAUAAUGCUUAAAAUAUGAGGAAUAAGAAACAAUAAAGAUAACUGUAAUAUGAGAUUGUAAGGAAGAUGGGUGGGGUGAAUUAGAAGAAAGUAGUCAAGGAUAAUUUAAGAUUUUUUUAAAGCAAAAGUAAGUUGAAGAAUCAUGGUACCAUUAUUAUAAAUGGGCAUCUUAGUAUGAGAAACUAGUUUGAAUAUGGAGAUGAGGUGAGUCAGAGGUGAUGUUAGAACAUGUAAGUAGAAAUAUCCUUCAGACAAUUGGAUAUAUAUAUGGUUUUAGUAUGUAGGAAAGAAAAAGAUUCAGUUUUGGGAGUUAUCUGCUUUGUUUUGAUAUUUAAAGCCAUGGACUUCGAUAAUGGCAAAUGUCAUUAGAUGUGAUUGAAACAUUUUAAAUUUCAGUAAUCGAGAGACUGAAGAUAACAGCUGAACAUUUGUUUAUCACUGUUAGGUUAUUGGUGACCUUAAGAAUUUCUGUAAGUGGAGAAUGGGACUGUGUUGGAGUAGUUUGAAGAAUAUCAGGAAGGGAGGUGGGAUCAGCAACCUUCUUUUGAAAAGUUUGCUUGUGAAAAGAAAUUGAGAGAGGCCAUCAGCUUGAAGGGGCCGCAGGACGGAAUUUUUCUUUUUCUUUUAAAGUUAGAAGUAACUUCAGCAUAUUUGUCAUCACUCUGGAAGAAACAGACAGGAAGAAAUUUAAGAUCCACAUGAGAGAGGAUUGAGCACCGCCUUUGAGAAGGUUUUGCUGAUUUGGGAAAAUAAAGACUAUGGAUCAACUAGGAGUAUUGUUCGUAUUAUUGGGAAAAUGCUUCCACUGGAACCUUGUCGAAGACCUAAUUUUGAGUUGAUCCCACUCUUGAACUCUGUAGACUCUGAUAAUUGUGGAUCUAUGGUUCCAUCUUUUGCUGAUAUUUUGUAUGUGGCAAAUGAUGAAGAGGCCAGUUAUCUCAGAUUUCGAAAUAGUAUAUGGAAAAAUGAAGAAGAGAAAGUGGAAAUUUUUCAUCCUUUGCGACUAGUUCGGGAUCCACUGUCACCCGCUGUAAGACAGAAAGAAACAGUGAAAAAUGAUCUGCCUGUAAAUGAAGCUGCAAUUAGAAAAAUAGCUGCCCUUGAAAAUGAACUGACUUUUCUUCGCUCUCAGAUUGCAGCAAUUGUGGAAAUGCAGGAACUGAAAAAUAGUACAAAUUCUAGUUCCUUUGGCUUGAGUGACGAGCGCAUUAGUUUGGGUCAGUUGUCAUCAUCGCGGGCUGCCCGUCCGAGUGUGGAUCCAGAUCAGCUUCCGGGUUCAGUGCUUUCUCCUCCUCCUCCUCCACCACCACUUCCUCCUCAGUCUUCAUCUCUCCAGCCACCGUGUUUUCCUCCCAUACAACCAGGAUCUAAUAACAUUUGUGACUCAGAUAAUCCAGCAACUGAAAUGAGCAAACAGAACCCGGCUGCUAAUAAGACCAAUUAUAGUCAUCAUUCAAAAAGCCAGAGAAAUAAAGAUAUUCCAAACAUGUUGGAUGUUCUAAAGGAUAUGAAUAAGGUUAAGCUUCGUGCAAUUGAGCGGUCACCUGGUGGUAGACCCAUUCAUAAGAGGAAAAGACAGAAUUCACACUGGGAUCCAGUUUCUUUAAUAUCUCAUGCACUUAAACAGAAAUUUGCAUUCCAAGAAGAUGAUUCUUUUGAGAAAGAGAAUAGAUCUUGGGAAUCUUCCCCAUUUUCUAGUCCAGAAACUUCAAGGUUUGGACAUCACAUUUCACAGUCAGAAGGACAGCGAACUGAAGAAGAAAUGGUCAACACAAAAGCUGUUGACCAAGGUAUCAGCAAUACAAGCCUUCUAAACUCAAGGAUUUAAACUCAACUUAAGGUUGAGCUUUAAACUUCCAAAACUUCUUCCUGGAUGAUAAAUUAUUCUUAGAAACUGAUUUGGACUGUUAAAGGCUAAAAGUAGAUGUAUUUAAAGACUCUUCUUGACACAUUUUGCCUACACUUGCUAUGUAAAUAUGUAUGCCUGUCAUUUUUGUUUCCUUUGUUCCUUUUUACGUUUAUACUCUGUUCUUUUGUACAUAGAGCUUAAAAUAAACAUUCCUUUUGAACUUG